CCUCCACCUACUUUACUUCACCCAGAAAAAUGGUGUGAGGAGUUCAACCACUUUAUUUCACAAUGUCUUAUUAAGGAUUUUGAAAAGCGCCCUUCCGUCACACAUCUCCUUGACCACCCCUUUAUGAAAGGAGCCCACGGAAAGGUUUUGUUUCUGCAAAAACAACUGGCAAAGGUCCUCCAAGACCAGAAGCAUCUAAACCCUGUUGUUAAAACCAGGCAUGAAAGGAUGCAUACCAGAAGACCCUAUCAUGUGGAAGAUGCUGAAAAAUACUGCCUUGAAGAUGAUUUGGUCAAUCUAGAGGUUCUGGAUGAGGAUACAAUUAUUCACCAGCUGCAGAAGCGUUAUAUGGACUUGCUGAUUUACACAUAUGUUGGAGACAUCUUAAUUGCCUUAAACCCCUUCCAGAAUCUGUGCAUAUACUCUCCGCAGUUUUCCAGACUUUAUCAUGGGGUAAAACGUGCCUCAAACCCACCCCAUAUAUUUGCAUCAGCAGAGGCUGCCUACCAAUGCAUGGUUACUUUCAGCAAAGACCAGUGCAUUGUCAUCAGUGGAGAAAGUGGCUCUGGGAAGACAGAAAGUGCCCACCUGAUAGUUCAGCAUCUGACUUUCCUGGGAAAGGCCAAUAAUCAGACUCUGAGAGAGAAAAUUCUGCAAGUCAACUCCCUGGUAGAAGCCUUUGGAAAUGCUUGCACUGCCAUCAAUGACAAUUCGAGUCGUUUUGGAAAAUAUCUGGAAAUGAAGUUUACACCCACUGGAGCUGUGAUGGGGGCAAGAAUCUCUGAAUAUCUCCUUGAAAAAUCCAGGGUGAUAAAACAAGCAGCGGGAGAGAAAAAUUUUCAUAUAUUUUACUAUAUUUAUGCUGGUCUUUAUCACCAAAAGAAACUUUCUGAGUACAGACUUCCCAAGGAAAAGCCUCCUAGGUACAUAGCUGAUGAAACUGGGAGAGUGAUGCAUGACAUAACUUCCAAGGAGUCUUACAGAAGACAAUUUGACUCAAUUCAUCAUUGCUUCAGGAUUAUAGGGUUCACUGACAAGGAGGUCCACUCAGUGUACAGAAUUUUGGCUGGGAUUUUGAAUAUUGGAAACAUUGAGUUUGCAGCUAUUUCCUCUCAGCAUCAAACUGAUAUAAGUGAAGUGCCCAAUGCUGAAGCUUUGAAAAAUGCUGCAUCUGUUCUGUGCAUCAGCCCUGAAGAGCUUCAGGAAGCCCUGACCUCCCACUGUGUGGUCACCCGGGGUGAGACCAUCAUCCGAGCUAACACCAUUGACAGGGCUGCUGAUGUCAGAGAUGCCAUGUCCAAGGCUCUAUAUGGGAGGCUCUUCAGCUGGAUUGUAAAUCGCAUCAAUACACUCCUGCAACCAGACAAAAACAUUUGUAAUGCAGAUGAUGGGAUGAAUGUGGGCAUCUUGGAUAUUUUUGGAUUUGAGAACUUUCAAAGAAAUUCGUUUGAGCAGCUCUGCAUAAACAUCGCCAAUGAGCAAAUCCAGUACUAUUUCAAUCAGCACGUUUUUGCUCUCGAGCAGAUGGAGUAUCAGGAUGAGGGCAUUGACGCUACCCAGGUAGAAUAUGAGGACAAUCUCCCCCUCCUAGACAUGUUCCUCCAGAAACCCCUGGGACUGCUUGCACUUUUGGAUGAGGAAAGUCGAUUUCCCCAAGCAACUGAUCAGACUCUGGUUGACAAAUUUGAAGAUAAUCUACGAUGCAAAUACUUCUGGAGGCCCAAAGGAGUGGAGCUGUGCUUUGGCAUUCAGCACUAUGCUGGAAAGGUAUUUUAUGAUGCUUCUGGUGUUCUUGAGAAAAACAGAGAUACUCUUCCUGCGGAUGUGAUUGUAGUCCUGAGAACAUCGGAAAACACACUUCUUCAGCAACUCUUCUCAAUACCUUUGACCAGAACAGGUAACUUGGCCCAGACAAGAGCCCGGAUAACAGCAGCCUCAAGAUCUUUGCCUCCACAUUUCAGUGCUGGGAGAGCCAAGGUGGAUACUUUGGAGGUGGUUCGGCAUCCAGAGGAAACCACCAACAUGAAGAGGCAGACCAUGGCUUCUUACUUCCGGUAUUCUCUCAUGGAUCUACUCUCCAAAAUGGUGGUUGGACAGCCCCAUUUUGUGCGCUGCAUCAAACCCAAUGAUGACCGAGAAGCCUUGAAAUUCUCCCGAGAGAGAGUUCUGGCCCAACUUCGCUCCACUGGGAUCCUGGAGACAGUCAGCAUUCGCCGGCAAGGGUAUUCCCACCGCAUCCUCUUUGAAGAGUUUGUGAAAAGGUAUUAUUACUUGGCAUUCAGAGCACAUCAAACACCUCUUGCUAGCAAAGAGAGCUGCGCUGCUAUCUUGGAAAAAUGCAGAUUAGAUCACUGGGUGCUGGGAAAAACAAAGGUUUUUCUCAAAUAUUACCACAUUGAACAGUUAAACUUGUUACUCCGAGAAGUCAUAAGCAGAGUAGUUGUGCUGCAGGCAUAUGCCAAGGGCUGGCUUGUAGCCAGGAGAUAUAAAAGAGUCAGAGAGAAGAGAGAGAAGGGGGCUGUUGCCAUCCAAUCAGCCUGGAGAGGAUAUGAUGCUCGGAGGAAAUUUAAGAAAAUAAGCAACAGAAGGAAUGAGUCUGCUGUUCAUAUACAACCAGUUCUGAGGGACUCCAUUGACCAUAAAAGCAGUCCGCAAGCAGGAUCCAACAAUGGCAAUGUAGAGGCUUCAAGCAACACUCCAGCUGUUUCUGAGAAAAAUCGGCAUUCACAAGCCCAGAGUGCGCCAAAAGGGUGUGAUAUCAUCGCAGGACAUCCAAAUAAGCACUCGGUUUCUGGGAUUGAUUCGCUGUCUUCUUCGACAUACCAUGCUGCACCAGAUUACCAAGGACUAAGUCCCUCGAGGGGAGCCCCUGCAAAACCUGGUAAGAAGAAAUUCUGA